AUGGGUGGCGGCGGACUGAGCAAGCUAGGUAUUGCACUCACUAUAAUCUUUGUUAUCUCACUGGUGGCGCUCUUCGCCGAACUGUUCUAUGUGUUGUGGCGCCGCCGUGUCUUCCGCCGCAAAAAUCCACCACCCAGCAACGGCGAAUUUCAACUGCCCCAAUUUUCUUCUUCAGAUAGAGACUCUUGUUUUCCGUCAGUGAUCCCCUCCAAGGAUCUCCUCUACUUCUUCUGUGUAAGAUCGCAACCCCGUAUUGAACCCAACUCCAUUUCUCCGACGAGUAGUAAUGAUCUAAGUUCAAACGCGCCACCGGAAACGGAAGUUAUAGAUGUUUGGAAGCUUCAGAGAAUGUGUGGACCGCCGAGAUUCUUGUUCACAAUCAAAGAAGAGGAAAAAGAGGACUUGGAAUCGCUCGCUGAGAAAUCAUUGUGUUCUUCUGCUGAAAAAGAAUCCAACAAAAGUAAUAUUAGUAGAAUUAGAAAAAAAGUGACCUUGAAGGAAUGUUUUGAGGUGGUAGAAGAGCCGCCCAAAGCCGCAAUGGUGGUUAAUGAUCACGGCGGCGGCGAUGAGGCGGAGUUUUCAACACCUUGUGCCUCUCCUAUGUAUUUCACUCCUUUGGCUUCGCCGAUUCACGAGGAGGUUAGUGAUAGAACAACAGGAGAAAAAACAUAG